AGAAUAGGAAUAUGAAGAAAUAUGAAGAUGAUGAUGAUGUAGUAUUCUCUAUGGAAGUAGUAGUGGAAGGAAAAGAGAAUAAUAAUAAUAAUAAUUAUAAUAAUAUUGUGAAGAAGGUGAAUAUGAUAGUUGAUAAUAAAGAAGAAGGGCCUUAUUUGGUAUGGGAAGAGAUAACAGUGGUGGUGGGAAGUAGUAAUAUUAAUAAUAAUAUGAUCAAACCAAGAAGAAAUAAACUACUUAACAAUCUCUCUGGUUAUGCAAAACCUAACAGGAUUAUGGCUCUCAUGGGUCCUUCUGGCUCUGGAAAAUCCACCUUACUUGAUGCCUUUUCUGGAAGACUAUCUUCAAAUACUGAAAUGAUCGGCAAUGUUCAUAUUAAAGGAAAGAAACAGAGUACUCGAAAUUGUGGAGGCAUUUCAUAUCUCACUCAAGAAGAUGUUUUCUUGGGAACUCUAACAGUAAGAGAAACUAUAACAUACUCAGCUCAUUUGAGAGUUUCAAAUAAAAUGAGCAAAGAAGAAAUAGAGAAUCUGGUUGAGAAAACAAUAGAAGAAAUGGGAUUAGAACAUUGUGCUGAUAACAAGAUUGGAAAUUGGUAUUUUAGAGGGAUAAGUGGUGGUGAGAAGAAGAGAUUAAGUAUUGGUUUGGAGAUUUUAACACAACCCCAAAUCAUGCUUCUUGAUGAGCCAACCACAGGGCUUGACAGUGCUUCUGCCUUCUUUGUGGUUUGUACACUUGGAAACAUUGCUCAUAAUGGUAGGAUUGUUGUUUGUUCUAUUCACCAACCAAGUGGCUAUCUCUUUGAUCUUUUUGAUGAUUUGUAUCUCCUUUCUGGUGGAGAAGCUGUUUAUUUUGGAGAUGCAAAAUCGGCUGUCAAGUUCUUUGCAGAGGCUGGGUUUCCAUGUCCUACAAGAGCAAAUCCUACAGAUCACUUCCUUCGAUGUGUUAAUUCAGACUUUGACAAUAUUUCUACACACCAAUCGGAAUCUACCAUAUCAGUUGGUUCAUUGAGCAAGAUGACCACACAAGAUAUAAAAGAAAUUCUCAUCCACAAGUACAAUAAUUCAAAAUAUGCAACAUUUACAAGAGACAAUAUUCAACGAAUUAAUUCAACUGAAGAAGUGAUUGUGUUAUCAAACAAAAGCAAAUCAAGUUGGUGGAAACAAAUGUACACAUUAACAGAUCGGUCAUUUGUAAAUAUGAGAAGAGAUGUUGGAUAUUAUUGGCUAAGGAUGGUAUUUUACUUGGGUGUAGCUGUAUGUACUGGAAUUAUCUACUACAAUAUCAACACUUCAUAUUUGGAUAUCAUUGCAAGAGCCAAGUGUCAAGCUUUUGUUUAUGGCUUCAUGAUUUGUUUAUCCAAUGGAGGCUUACCUUCUUUCAUAGAAGAAAUCAAGGUUUACAAUGGUGAAAUGUUGAAAAAUCAUUAUGGAGCAUCGGUAGUGAUGAUCUCAAAUUUUAUUUCAUCAUUUCCAUUCUUGUUGGUGACAGCCAUAUCAACAGGAACAAUUAUAUAUGAAAUGGUGAAAUUACAUCCUGGAUUUUCUCACUAUUCUUAUUUUGUUCUUAACCUAUUUUGUUGCCUUUCUGUGAUUGAAACUCUCAUGAUGGUCGUUGCAUUUAUGGUUCCAAAUGUCCUCAUGGGAAUAGGACUUGGCACUGGUCUUAUUGUGUUUAUGAUGAUGGCAUCUGAAAUCUUUAGACCAAUAUGUGAUCUUCCCAAGUUCUUCUGGCGUUAUCCAAUGUCUUAUAUCAGCUUUGCAUCUUGGGCAUUACAGGGUGUGUAUAAGAAUGAUAUGAUUGGUAUAGAAUUCGAUCCAUUAGUAGCUGGAGAGCCAAAGCUAAGAGGUGAAAUAGUUCUCCAAACAAUGUUCAAAAUGCAUUUGAAUCAUUCAAAAUGGUGGGAUUUGGCAGCUCUUGUGUGUUUGUUAAUUUCACAUAGAUUAAUAUUUCUAUUGGUUCUCAAGUAUAAAGACACCAUAUCACUACACUCUAAGCUAUAUUUUAACAAAGUGAUCCACCAAAUUGGCAAUAUGAGAAGAUCAUCUUCUUCAAUAUCACUAAUAAGUCAAAGUUUCAAUGUUGUAUCAAAGAAGAAAAUAAGUUCUAGUAAAUGUAAAACUCUCCAUUCCUUAUCUUCCCAAUUGGAUCUUUCUUCUCCUAUGAGACCUAGUUAGGAUUAUCUUGUCAUUUUGCAAAAUAAGACAAUUAAU